AUGUCUAUCUCAUCCCCUCAGAAGGCCUUGCCGCGUGGCUCCGUGGACAAGGGUAAGGCGAGAGCUUUCUCAGGAUAUGACUUGCAACUCGAUUCUGGGUCAGAUUCUGACUUGCCCAACGCCAAUGAACUUUUGAAUGACAUUCUUCCUCGAACACGGUCUUACCCAUCCUCGCGUACUGUUUACUCUUCCAAACGAAGUUACCGUCAAACUUCUACUUGCGCUGAUUCCGAUGAGGCAUCCUCUCCUCCCAAGAAAACGCGUGUGAAUACAUUGGAUGUCGUUAAACAGCAGACGAAACGACGAGGUAAAACUGUAGAAGAAAAAGCGCGUGAGAAGGAAUUGAAGGACUAUGAAAGAGACAAGAAGAAAGCUGAGAGGGCGAGACAGAAACAGCUUAAGGAUGAUGAGAAAUCUGCUCAGAAAAGAGCUCAGAAGGCGCAAAAGGAACUUGAUAAAGCUCAAAAGCAAAGGGACAAGGAGGAUAAGGCCCUCCACAGAACAGUUAAUCAGCUUCUUCUCAACAAGAAGGAAGCGCUUCAGUAUAUGACGUUAAUCCUUUCCAAAUCCUUCCGAAAAUCAUACCCAGAUUUUGCGCGACUUCUUCACGCUAAACUCGAUGGCCAUAAAGCCGGUAUACGCGAUGACGGUCCCGAUCUACUGCCCGGAUACGACACUGUUCGCUGGCAGCGACUUGUCUUCAAGGAAUACGAUACUUCCGUUCGUGCAUUCAAAGCUGUGAAACCCUCAUACCAGAAAUUCGAAAAAUUCGCUCUAAUGCGUCUUAGCAUUGUUCAGCUUAGCAACCUGGUGCAGAAGAACGGCCUUGUAGACCUUGUUCAAGAUUUCCGUCAAGCUCACGGGCUUGGACGCAAGGACCACAUGUAUAUCAUGAUCUCCGGGAUGGGGAAAUUGCGUACGAGAAAUGCUGCAGAGUGGAAGAAGCUCGAAGGUGCGUUGACGAGCUUGCAGUUCCAGGAAGAUGUUUACCUCGCAUGUGUUGAAAAUGAGCAAGAAGCAGUUGAUCGUUUGUAUAAUUACUCUGGUGAUCUCGGUAUCAGAGAAGACAAGUUAAUUUCUCGAUCCUAUCUUCCAUUCUGUCCCGAUACGAAGGUUAAGGUUGGGAAGGAUCCCAAAGACACUUGGACCAAGAUGCUCAGUCAAAUUCAUCGAGUUACGGAUAGUGGUGCAGAGGGGAUUGUUGAGCAAUAUCCGACCAUGCGGAGUCUUUUGAUGGCGUACGAGAAGAAUCCCUUAGAUGGGGAACGCUUAUUGACCGAAUCUAAAGUCAAUUACCGCAUAGAUGGUCAAAAGACCAUUGAAGGGAGGGGUCAUGAUAAACUUGGACUGGCCCUGUCGAGAAGGGUGCACACCAUUCUCUGUGGGACAGAUCAUCUUGCAUUAGUGGUCAAGGACAAGUAG